CUGCCUGAGGGCUGCGGGGAAGGGCCGUGCUUCCCUCUGCGCGGAGCGACUCAUUGCAGCUGGACGUUGUAGUGCGGGGAAGUGUUGGGUGAAAAAAAUAAAUCCUGGUUUUUCUGUGUGAGGGUCUGUGGUUUACAGGGAGGAACACCCCGCGUUUUGAGCCUCGGUAGUGGGUUUUGCCUGGAUUUGGUCGCUGAGAGCAGAUAAUGUGGUUUUUAUGCUAUGCUUUGUAGUUUUGAACUUACUGAACUCUAUUUCUGGCUUUCCUGUUUGUCUGACUAAGGAUGAAAGCAACGAGGACUUCGUUCAAGUCAGAAGGAGGGAUUUGGAAAGGCUGACAACUGAGGUCAUGCAAUUGCGGGAUUUCUUACCCAAGAUACUCGAUGGUGAUAUUGUGUGGACGUUCCAGAAACUGGAUGCUAUUGAAUCAAGCAUGGAGAAAAAGGAGGAGGAAAUAGAGCAGCUGAAAAUGGAUUGUGAGCACUUCAGAGCCCGCCUGGAAGCAGCCCAGACAGAUUGCAUGAGGGAGAAGAAGGAGAAACUAGACCUCCGGCAGCACCUGCGUGAGGCCAAGCAGCAGCUCCUGCAGCAAGCAGAGUAUUGCACAGAAAUGGGUGCAGCUGUCUGCACCUUGCUGUGGGGUGUAUCUAACAAUGAGGAGGCUGUUAAAACCAUUCUAGGAGGAAGCAAGGCAGCAAAGUUUUUUACUAUCACUGCACAGACUAUGGAGAGCUUUGUGAAGUCAUUAAGUGAAGACAUGAAACAGCAGGAUUUGGAUUCUGAUGAAAAUCAGUUUGUGUUAGCGUUGGCAGGGAUUGUAACAAAUGUGGCUGCACUGGCUUGUGGCCGUGAGUUCUUGGUUAGUUCAAGUCGUGACCUGUUGGACACAAUGAUGCACCUCCUGGGAGAGAUGAAGCCAGGACUUUGUACAAAGUUUAAAGUGCUAAUGCUAAUGUCACUUUACAACGUGAGUAUCAACUUGAAAGGCUUGAAGUACAUCAGUGAAAGUCCAGGUUUUAUCCCUUUGCUUUGGUGGCUCUUGAAUGACCCGGAUACUGAAGUUUGCCUUCACGUUCUGCGGCUCCUCCAGUCUGUGAUUCUGGAGCCAGAAGUAUUAGCCAAGUCAGCCUGUGAGAUGCGUGAUACUUUGCCAUUUCAACGUAUCAUUACACUGUCAAAGAGCCGCAAUGCGGAACUGCAAGCACUUGCAAAAGAGCUACUUGAAGAUCUUAAAAUACUUGAGUAUGAAGCAUAGAAGAGCUCUGUGACACCGACUGCUUAUGUCUUUCCUGUAUUUCUGUGCUGCGGGAGUUAUUGGUAAUUGUCUUGACAGAAAAAUUCCCUGCAUAAGUUUCUCUGACAAAAUUUCUUUAUGAAAUUAGGCAAUCCAGGUACAAUAAUGCCGAGGAAAAUAUGUUGGGUUGUAAAUGUCCAGGUAGGCAAUCUGGUAGAGAUGGGAAAGGCUUCAUUUCUAGGAGCAGAGUUUCGUUGAUGAUGGAUUUCCAAAGUGCUACAGGUUAUGUUGACUGUUUAUCACAUGCAGGGAGUAGAAUGGUCAUCUCAUCCGUUGAUGACGUGUUGUUUAUUGGAGUAGUAAGUAAUCAUUUCGGUCCAUCCUUAAGAUCUAUUAUACCGGAAGAGAACCUUGUUGCUUCUCAUAAUUCUAUGUCAGAAUGCAUCCCAAGUUCUAGUUUUAUUGAUCUUAUUGCAUCUCUCUUUUUGCAUUUUAAUAAAAUAAAUUUCAAAUUCUUUAACAUGUGAUGGAUUCUGUUUUCGAAAUUUGCAUUCAGACUCACUGGAACUGCAAGUCAAUCCAUUUUAUGGCUGCCAAGCAUACUAGAAAUCGAGCCAUUGUUUUUUUCAAAAGCCCUGGAAAAAGGAUAUUAAUUACUGUUGUUUGUGGUACCCAGUGUGCAGAAGAUGCUGGAAUUAA